AUGCGCCUCGGGGAUCUCGCCACCAGGAACUUCCUCAACUGCUCUGGCAAGUCGGAGACGUCGGUGACGGCGGCAGCGUAG